AGACGCGGUGCUGCAGAUACUCAGUCGCGCGGGCAGCUUGCAGCUGGACGGGACCUCCUGGCCCGCGAGCAAGAGUACAAGCGUUUAAAUGCAGAAUUAGAGGCAAAAACUGCCAAUCUGGUUAGACAAGCUGAUGAAGCAAUAAGAGAGCAGCAAGAAGUUCGAGCUAGGCCUUUUUCAACAGUAAUUACAUCAUGCAAAGAGGAAGAUGGCUACAGUACAAGAGAUCUGUUGUCAUCUGAAGGGAUGGAUCAUACAUGGUCAGAAACCAAGCCAAAGACCAAAAACACUGGUCCUGUAAACAAGGCUCAAAACAGACUCUACUCUGCAGAUAAAGAAAGGAAAACAAAUGCAAGUGUUAAACUGAAGCAUCCCCGUGUGCAGACUGCCAGUGAUGUGGCCAUCCCAGAUGAUUUCUCAGACUUCUCCCUUGCCAAGACAAUUAGCAGGAUUGAGGGGCAGCUGGAAGAGGACAGCUUGCCAGAGUGCAGAGAUGACAUUUUCUGUGGUGUUAGUAAUGACAUUGGGACAGAGGCUCAGAUCAGAUUUCUGAAGGCCAAACUCCAUGUGAUGCAGGAGGAACUGGACAGCGUUGUGUGCGAGUGCAGUAAGAAGGAGGAUGAAAUUCAGGAUUUAAAGUCCAAGGUGAAAAAUUUUGAAGAAGACUGUGUGAGACAGCAACGAACAAUUACUUCACAGCAGUCUCAAAUAGAAAAAUAUAAGAAUCUUUUUGAAGAAGCAAACGAAAAAUGUGAUGGACUACAGCAGCAGCUCUCAUCAAUAGAGAGGGAAUUAGAAAAUAAAAGAAAAUUACAAAAACAGGCUGCCACAAGUCAAAGUGCCACAGAAGUCCGCCUGAACCGAGCUCUAGAAGAAGCAGAAAAGUAUAAAGAGGAGCUGAAUAAACUAAGGCAAAGUAACAAGGAUAUUGCAAAUGAAGAUCACCAAAAAAUUGAAGUGUUAAAAUCAGAAAACAAGAAGCUAGAAAGACAAAGAGGGGAAUUAAUGACAGGGUUCAAGAAACAAUUGAAAUUAAUUGACAUUUUGAAAAGGCAGAAGAUGCAUAUUGAAGCUGCCAAGAUGCUGUCUUUCAGUGAGGAGGAGUUUAUGAAGGCUCUUGAGUGGGGCAGUUCAUGAAUAUGGAGGCUUCAUUACUCUCUGAGAUAGGAAGCACUCGGUGGUGCACGCCUGUGACCUGGAACGCCGGAGGUCAAGCAAGGAAAGCACCAAACGUCCAAGCAUAGCUCAGUCUCAUGCUGAGUUCCAAGCCAGGGCUACAUCUCAAGACUGUUUCAAAAGCAAGUAGCCAACAAAACAAAGGUAACACAUGAAAAAGGUUCAGCAUCAAUAACCAUCAAGAAAUGCAGCUUAGGAACUGGAGAGAUGGACCUGAGAUUGGUCCCCAGCGCCCACCCACACCCUGUGGUUCAGCACUACCUGUUCCCCCAGAUCUGAGAGAUGCAGUGUCUCUGGUCUUCUGGGGGCACCUGCACUCCCAUGAGCACAUCUACACAUAAUUAACAAUAAUAGAAGCAAAUCUUUUAUAAAGCAAAUUAAAAUUACACUGGGAAUCACA